AUGUUCGCGACACAACGACCUCUGGCGGCAUUAUCAUGCCUUCUCUCCGUUCUAAGAGUUAUCCCAACUGUAUGCGCACAAGACAAGGUUUAUAUCAACGGAACUGGCGACAAUGGAGUUUUCCACCCACGGCUCGAUGUUAGUCGGACACCAUCAUUAUACACGGGUGACUUUGACGACUGUCUGAAUGACGGAAGUCUUUUCAAUGUGACGGGUUUCGACACAGCUUAUUACUCUGAUAACCUCACUGUGUCAUUUCACGUCUAUGGAAGCACGAACAUCCGCCAGGAAAGUGUCAUGAUGCAUCUUUCUAUUGAGGUAUAUGGAGAAGAGCGUUUUAACAAAACCUACGACCCUUGUGCGGAAAACGUCACAAGCCUUUGUCCGUUGAAGGCCGGUCAACUCAUCGAUGCAUACAUUACAACUUCAAUAUCUGCCAAUGACAUUGCAGGAAUUCCGUCAAUUGCUCUCAACAUCCCCGACUUGGAAGGCUACUCGCGCAUCCGGAUCUUUGCCAACUCAACACAGACAGAAAUUGGGUGUUUCCAGGCUACUAUGAGUAACGGAAGGACCUUUUCACAGCCUGAGAUCGUGGGAUCAAUACUGGGAGCCUUCACCGUGUUCGCGGUGUUGGCCUCGUUUACAACAGCGAUCUAUGGCGUUCAGAUCCCGCAUAUAAGAAUGCACUACGCCCAUUCCUUUUCGAUUCUGAUCAUUUUUGAAACCUUUCAAUCGAUCUUCUUUUCCGGGGCACUAUCUGUCAACUGGCCUGCCCUGCUUCCUGCCUGGUGGAGCAACUUUGCAUGGACUGCUGGCAUGUUUGCAAGCCUCGACAUGAUUGAUGCUAUUAGCCCGUUUGCUGGCGUGUCUGGAAACGCCAGUCAAGUUGGCUCUGCAGGAUCGGUCCCCAUCAACAACGGUGGUGGUCUUGCGCAGCAGAUCUUUGGCAGAAGCCUUGGAAGACGCUCUGUUCCCCAACUCGAGAGUGUUGUCCACUCGUUGACCCGUCGCCACGACUUCAACUCCAGCAACCCAUAUGACUAUGACUGGGCUGGUGAGCCUCGAAAUCCUGGAAUGCCACUCCCAGGCGACUAUUCUGGCUUCCCCGGUGUACUGUCUGUGGUUGGCAUCCCUCGAAAUGACGCUUUCAUCAUUGGGCUUAUCUGGCUCCUUGUUGUCCUAGCGGCCGUUGCCCUAUUCGUGGCAGCGGCCAAGCUCGUCCUUGAGUUGUGUCAUAAAUUCAAGCUUAUCAAGUCCGAUGGUUUUGACUUCUUUCGUUCACAUUGGGUCGGAUACAUAGCCGCGGGCCUACUUCGAACACUAUUUAUCGCUUUCUUCGUCAUGAUGACACUGGCCAUGUUCCAGUUCUCGAUCAACGGUCCGCCGGGUCCGACUGCUAUUGCUGCAGUUAUUUUCGUGAUGUUCUUGGGCUUUGCUGGCCUAACAGCAUAUGCUUGCUCAUCUAGGCUACGUGAAGGCAAGUAUGAGGUCGUAUCUGAUACGCUUCGUUUUGAGCAAGGGUUGGUCCUUAAGAAGAUCCCAUUUGUGGCAACGACACUCGCAAGCUCCAUCGGCGAGGAGGAACAGGCUCACAAGCCGCGCCUCUUUGCCAGUCUGCCUAUUCGCCGCAUCAAAUUUGUCGACAAGAACCCUGAAAGACCAAAGGUUCAUCAAGAUGAGCCCUACAUCAAGCGUUAUGGUUGGCUUUCGGCACGAUAUCGACUCUCUCGGUGGUGGUUCUUCACGGUCUACUUAGCAUAUCAGUUUGUCCGAGCAUGCUUUAUCGGUGGAGGUCGAGCAAGCCCCUUGGCCCAGGUCUAUGGUCUCUUUGUCUUUGAAAUCGUCGCUUUGGUCAUUAUCAUCAAACUGAGGCCUUUUGAAGGAUCUCGCAAUACGACAGCAGCGAUUUGGCUACUAUCGAUCUCAAAGAUCAUCACUACGGGCCUUUCAAUCGCAUUCUUGAGAACCCUCGACCUCAGCCGCGUUGCAGCAACAGCUAUUGGCAUGAUCAUCCUUGUGGUUCAGUGUUUCCUUACCGCAGCCAUCUUGGUCCUGAUCGUCCUCGGAAUGAUAUCGACGUGGAUGUCUCUGUCUCGUAACCGCGAGGACUUCCCAGAUAAGAUCGAUGAUUUGCGAGUAAGGUAUUUCGAACACAUGGAAGAUAGAGCAGGUACAUCAAAGCCCAAGGAAGACGAAGUGGAUGAGCUUGCGGAGUUAUCCAAGUCAAUCUUCAGUGUUAGCAACGUUCGACGCAAUACCCAGAGCAAUGCGUCCCCAAUGGUAGAGGGCUCAAACUCGCAGAUCCCUUCUCAUCCAGCACAUCCACUCAACCGACGCAGGGCAAACAGUGGCGGUUCGAGUCGUCACUCGGUCAACAGUCUGCCUCGAAGUGGCCGUACCCACCGUGCGUCGUGGAGUGCGAAAGACUUUGCAGAGUGGGAUGCCGACAUGAACAGAGGAGACACAUCACGAAUGAGUCGCAUGCGAACUAGCUCCUUGCGUAUGCAAGCAUCGAGAUACUCUGGUAGUCGGCCACCAAUGACGCCGACUCGAGAAUCCGCCGAGUUUCCUCGUACGAGUAUCAACACCAUGAGCCCAGAGGACAAAGAUGCGAUCGUGCAAGACAAGAUAGAGGAGAAUGCAGCUACGCCCAAGAGAAGAAAGAGGACCGUGAGCUGGGCAGAUCAAAGUUCAAUCUGCGAGGAACCCAUUACCGAGGCUCAGAAGGUGGACGAUAAGCCACUCGAGAAGAUAGAUUCGACCGGUGGCCGAGAAGAAGAAGAGGUCAAGUCGAAGUUCGAACCAUAG